AUGCAAGUUAAAUCUAUCGUUAACCUACUGUUGGCAUGUUCGUUGGCCGUGGCCAGACCUUUGGAGCACGCCCACCAUCAACAUGACAAGAGAGGUGUUGUCGUCGUGACCAAGACCAUCGUUGUCGAUGGUUCCACCGUUGAGGCUACCGCAGCAGCCCAGGUCCAAGAGCACGCUGAAACUUUCGCAGAGUCGACUCCUUCAGCUGUUGUUUCCAGUUCAUCAGCUCCUUCCUCUGCUUCUUCUGCUUCCGCUCCUGCCUCUUCCGGUAGCUUCUCCGCUGGAACCAAAGGUGUCACCUACUCUCCUUACCAAGCCGGUGGUGGCUGUAAGACUGCAGAGGAGGUCGCUUCCGAUCUUUCCCAGUUGACCGGCUACGAGAUCAUCAGAUUGUACGGUGUUGACUGUAACCAAGUCGAGAACGUCUUCAAGGCCAAGGCCCCAGGUCAAAAGUUGUUUUUGGGAAUCUUCUUUGUUGAUGCUAUCGAGAGCGGUGUCAGUGCUAUUGCCUCCGCUGUCAAGUCAUACGGUUCUUGGGACGAUGUCCACACUGUCUCUGUUGGUAACGAGUUGGUCAACAACGGUGAGGCCACUGUUUCCCAAAUCGGUCAAUACGUUUCUACCGCUAAAUCUGCCUUGAGAUCUGCUGGUUUCACCGGUCCAGUUCUUUCUGUCGACACUUUCAUUGCUGUCAUCAACAACCCAGGGUUGUGUGACUUUGCUGACGAGUACGUUGCCGUUAACGCUCACGCUUUCUUUGACGGUGGCAUUGCUGCCUCUGGAGCUGGUGAUUGGGCUGCUGAGCAGAUCCAAAGAGUUUCUUCCGCUUGUGGUGGCAAGGAUGUCCUCAUUGUCGAGUCCGGAUGGCCUUCAAAGGGAGACACCAACGGUGCUGCCGUUCCUUCCAAGUCAAACCAACAGGCUGCUGUCCAAUCUCUAGGUCAGAAGAUCGGUUCUUCUUGUAUUGCUUUCAACGCUUUCAACGAUUACUGGAAGGCCGAUGGUCCUUUCAACGCUGAGAAGUACUGGGGUAUCCUAGACUCCUAA